AUGCAAGCUGCAAACAGACUCCAGAAGGCCCUCAAGAAGGGUGGAGCUACCUUUGGAGCAUGGCAGAUGCUACCCGGGACGAACCACUCCAGGGCUAUUGCACGAAGCGGCGUCGACUGGAUAUGCGUGGAUGGUGAACAUGGCAACAUCGACGAUGGUCAAAUGCACGAGGCUGUUGCUGCUAUUGCCGCUUGUGGUGUAAGCCCGAUAGUCAGAAUCGCCGCGAACGAGGGCUGGAUGGUCAAGAGAGCCUUGGACGCCGGCGCGCACGGCGUUGUCGUCCCUUUGAUGUACACUGCAGACGACGCUCGACAACUCGUGAAGACAGCCAAGUUCCCUCCUCUCGGUGUCCGCGGAUUCGGAUCACCGUAUGCGCCGCCGGUCUUCGAUGUCACUUCUACAGAAUAUUUACAGCAAGCCAACGACAGCCUGGUUACUAUCGUGCAGAUCGAGACGAAGGAGGCGUUGCAAAACGUCGACGAGAUCGCCAAAGUACCCGGCGUUGACGUGCUCCUUAUCGGUCCGUUCGAUCUCGGAAACAACAUCGGUCAUCCCAUUCUCGACGGAACAAUGCACCAAGAGCUGAAAGACGCUAUUAUGCACAUACACGAGGCGGCUGAGAAGAACGGCAAGCGAACGGGAAUCUACUGCACGACUGGGGAGCAAUCAAGGGAGUAUGCGGACAAGGGUUUCAACAUGAUUUCAAUCGCCGCAGACAUGAUAGCCAUUCCCACUUACUUUGCCCAGACCCUGGCAACUGCGAAGGGCAGCCUGGCGCAUUCAGCAGUUCAGUUCGCCAAAGGUGGAAUAGCGAAGAUGACCGGCCCGUACGGUCGGUAA